UAUUGCACAUUUUUUUGGAUGCCUAGUACUAUCGAUGCAGAUAGGCUACCAAUACCGAUAGGACUACCUUUAAUGGAACGGUUUUGCGAUUUCUUGGAACAAAAUAGGAAGGUCUUCUGCAGACAGGAAGACCACUCUGUUGUGGCGACCCCUGACAAGAAAUGGAGCAAGACCAAAGAGAGAGAAGGAUUGCAAUGAGUACAUCCAUGGAAUUACAGUUCCAAGUACCAUUUGUGGUUCCACUCCCAGUACCUAGAAAAACAGACCCCCUAAUACAAUGCAUCAUAGAAAACAAGUUAAAGAAACUUCAUGAAUUAAUAAGAGGCAGAGAUAUUAAUGGACUGUAUCCUUCUGAAAUCUGGAAUGAUGAUGUUACACCACUAACUGCAGCAGUUUUAUGCAGAAAUGAAAUAAUCUGCUCUCAUCUACUUAAGGAGUUGGCUAAUCCAAACAUACGCUCAACAAAUGGACAAACUCCUCUACAUUAUGCUGCAUUUACAACUGGAGUUUCACUGAGUAUUGUGAAAAGAUUACUUGCAGCAAAAGCUAACCCAAAUGGAUAUCAAUCGCAGAUUUUUACUCCAUUGCAAUAUGCUGUUGAUCAUUACCGUGAAGACAUUGUGAAAGCACUUAUAGAGGCUGGAGCUUCACCUGUAAGGAACUAUGGGGUGAAACCAGAGCUUGAUAAAAAAGUGGAGAGAAUGAUUCAUCAGUUAUCAUCACAGGGUGAAGUGUUUGAGAAAGCACAUCUAUAUCUCUCCUUUAGUUGUGCUAUACGAACAAAAAAUCAGACAGACGUUUACAGACUGUAUAAGGAACAUUUCUUUCGAGAGAAUCCUUUUGAUUAUUUGAUUUAUUUUGAGCUCUAUUUGACUGUCCCUGGCCCCAGUGCGGAACAGUAUAAUCAGAGCGCCAUCAAGUGGUUAAAAGAUACAAAGAGUGCAGACAGAUACAUUGAGGGAGUCAUCAAACGCUUCCCAAAAAUCCCUCAGGAAUACUGGACAUUUGCACUGAACUGCAUGUAUGUUGCUUUGUGUGUCAGUGAAAGUGUUUCUCCUCAGGUAUUUAAUGAUCUUGUGUCUAUUCUAACAAACAGUCUUCAGCACACUGGAAAUGCACAAGGAGAAAAAGUCAAUCAACUGAUUCUAAAGAUACUUAAUGUCAUGAUGCAGAAGACGUCUGAGCAGAAACUAGGACUCAGUCAUUCUGUCUAUGGAAAGUUAUGCAAAAGUCUAUUGCCUCUCACACAUCCUAAUUAUUCAAGUCUGAUUGGAAUGAUGACCUAUGGAUUGUUGGCCAAUAUAAAUUACUUUGCUCCUGAAUUUGUAGCAUUGUGUGGAUUGUCACCCAUCCCAGAGAUGAUACUUAUCAAAGCAGAGACAGAGAUGGAUGAAGUCAUGAAAAAGAAGCUGCAAAGGUUGGAUGAAUCACUGAGAAAUCCAGCAGGUUCAAGUGCAGUGGAUAGUUUAUGUGAGGAGACUUCAGCUCUGUCUACAAGCAGGAAGAAGAAAAAGAAGAGGAAGAAGAAAAAAAUUCAGCAAGAGGAAUCACAAGAAAGUGAGCAGGAAGAUAAAAGAGACUCUGUAGUCACAUCCAUUGAGGAAUCAAUAUCAAGUGUGCAGCCGUUCACACAGACAAAUGAGAACUCAAGAAGGUGGUGUCAAAUCAGCUGUUGUUGGAGGCGCAAGCUUGAAAAGCUAGCUAACAUUGAUGCUAGCCAGACAUACAGACUGGGAAACCUUAUUCUUGUUCUUGACCCUGAAUUUCUGAUCGCUAGAGGAAGUGAUGGAACAGAAGUUUUCCUUGGUUUGAGGAAUGACGGCACUGAGGUGGCUGUGAAACGAAUGAUUAAGUCAAAUUACCAAGUCCUCAGAAAUGAGGAGGAAUUUUUACGACUUCCACAGCUCGAUAAUCCCUCCAUUGUGCGAUAUGUGGACUUUGCUGAAGAUGACAAUUUCGGAUACCUUGUUCUUCAGCUUUGUGAGUACACACUGGAGGAAUAUAUCCAAGAUCAUUUACCAGAUGACACAGCUGAGAGAACUUUGGUUCUGAAGAAGCUGGUGAAGGAAGUUCUCUGCAGUUUACAGGUUUUACACGACCAGAAAACCAAAGUGCUCCAUCGUGACAUCAAACCCCAGAAUGUCCUGAUUGACAUAAAUGGAAAAGCUAGAUUGGCUGAUUUUGGCAUAAGUCGUCGAUUGAACCUCAGCCAAUCCACUUUACGAACAAGCAUUGCUGGAACUAGAUUCUGGAAGGCAAAAGAGACCAUAGAUGAGGAGUCCAACACUGGGUACAAAAGGAGCUCCGACAUUCAGGUUGCUGGGAUGUUAGUGUACUAUAUUCUCUCUGGAGGACACCAUCCAUUUGGUAAAGGUCCACGUUGUGAAGUCAACAUUCUAGAAGGAAGAUACUCACUGGAGCAUCUGGAUGAUGAUGUAGCGGAGGACCUUGUCGAAUGGAUGAUCAAUGAAAAUGAAAAAAAGAGACCAACUGUGGAGCAAACCCUUGCACACCCCUUUUUCUGGACUGAUGACAGGAGAGUGGAGUAUUUGAAAAAAAUUGGAAACCAGAAAGAGGGUGAAAACUGUCAAAAUGUUGAUGAGGAGCUCCUUCAAGCUGCUGAAAAAUGCACAGAGGGAAAAAGCUUUUCUGAAUGGAAGACUAAAAUGCCAUCUGAGCUUGUCCAGAAACUGGAUGGUAAGAAGAAACCCUAUCCUGAGAACACACUGGGCCUGCUGCGAUUUAUACGCAACCUACACGAGCAUUAUCCAGAGGAUGCAGAGAGUAUCAACCUGAUGACUUCAUUCCCUGAUCUGUUUGGGAGUGUGUUCAGGUUUGCGAAGGAGAGAGGAUGGAACUCCAGGGCGUGUUUGAAAAAGUUCUUCAGCUCAACUCCACAGAUCUGAUUGUUGCAUUUUUGAUGCAGAGUUUGUGAAUUUGGAUGGUAAGGCCCAUCUUAUCCUAAUGAGCCUUUCUCAAGUACCGGUCAUCUACCAGUGGAGCUGGAGAAGUUUGCCUUGCAAGAGGAGAUCUCAAACAUCGAAGACGUAGUCGCUGUCAAGGGUUUCUGGAUCAAGGAGGAUCUUUAUCUGGUCAUGAACCGAUACACGACUCCAAAGUGCUGUAUUGGACUGCUAAGGGUUCUCAGACGUUCAGGCCCUUCCUUCGAAAGGGUCCAUGAUCCUGCAGCCAUUUUCCUUCAAAGAAAGGUACUACCUGGCUCUGGGAAGCAACUACAGCUUCUUGCAGGUCUACCUGUGGAAUGCAGAGGAGAAGGUUUUUGAGCUUUAAAGGAAGGCUACAUCCAGUAGGAGUUCAAGGAGGUUUAAAACUUUGACUCCUGUUUACACAGAUAUUUGAGCAUAUCUUCACUGGUCUGAGCCUUUGAGUGCUGUUAUGGACACAGUUGCAAUUAAGGCACAUCAGCAACCCCUCCUUUAGCAGCUGGGCAUUUUUCUGGAGAGGCAAAUGUUUUCAGACAAGGAAAGACUGGGAAGUGAUAUGGCAUUAUCAGGUUCAAAGUAAUACGCAUUACAUCAUACAUCUGUGUAGUUUUACAUAGAUUCUGGGAUCUCCUUGGCAUUUUUAUGUUUUAAUUAGAUUUGUUAUAUAAUAUACAGAACAUGUCUUCAGCCCUGCUGAACUGCAGAGAUUUGCAGUUGUCACCUGUAACUACCUAAAUCACUCUACAUAGUGAUAUAUGCUGUAACUCUGAGAGCCUUUCAAAACUCUGGAUGCAACAGCUGAUACCAUGCAUGAUGUGGCUGCAACAAUACUGAGAAUUUUUCAGAGGAAUUUUCAGAUCAGGCAUGCUAAUCAAAUAGUGAUAAAGGUGACAAAUGCAGUCCUAUGAUCUUUAGAGACAUUUUUUACAUUUUUCAUUUUUUAAUAUUUAUUUAAAUCAUAUAUCUCUUUUGAUCAAUUAAAGUGAAUCACCUCUCAUUUUAUCAGGAUUGGUUCAGAAUGAGGCAGAAACGUGUUUAUACAGUUGAAAGUAGGGAAUUCAAGAAUGAAGCCUUUUGUGAAGGAAAAAUAUUAUUUAUGCUUCAAUACAGGGUACUUGUCAAAAGCAGCAACCUUCAAAAUGAUCAUACUGACAAAUGUUGAAUGUCUGACUUUGAUAAUGAGUGUGUUAAAAUAAGAACCUCAUUUCCAUACUGUUUUGCAACCUGGGAUACAGAGAGAAGAAAAACAAAUAAUGACUGCAGCCUGCAAAAGAAUGAUAUUCAACUAUUAAUAUUCAAUACC